AUGUUCACAGAUUACAAGGAUGGAAGGUCAUAUGCGCUUUAUUCGAAUGGUGACCGCAAAGAAGCCCGCGAUGAUUACAUCACGAGCUACAAUGAGAAUGUUACUGCGUUGGAAGAAGUUGUUUAUCGAUUCAACAAAUUUGAUCUCGAGGCCCCAUCAAUCGUGCAGACCGAGAACAGCUACUACAUGCUCAUGAGCCAUAAAACAGGCUACCGGCCCAAUAACGUGGUCGCCUUCCGAGCCAACUCCCUUUCAGGUCCUUGGUCUCAGCCUUUUACGGUGUCGCCCCUUGGAACCCGAACUUUCAACUCGCAGUCAGGAUUUGCAUUGAGAAUCAAGGGAUCCAAGAAGACAACAGACUUGUAUCUCGGAGACCAGUGGGACUCAAAUUCUCUUUGGGAGAGUAGAUACAUCUGGUUGCCAAUUGACAUCGAUGACGAGAAGAAGAUACUCGAUCUCGUUUGGAACGAUAUCUACGAUUUGAAUGUGAAGACUGGAGAGUGGGCACCCGUCGAAGGGACGGCUUACUAUGCCAAGGAUGCUACAACAACCGGGGAUGCAUUCAUACAAGAGGCAAACUUCGCGAGCGGGGGACUCAUCGCUACCGGUAUCUACGGCAAUGAUAGUAAGGUGACGUUCGAAAGUAUUGAGGGCACAGGCAAACCACAGUGGGUAUCGUUCUAUUAUCAGAACACGGAUGACAUGGGCUUCGGGGAUCAGCCCGGAGGAACGCCUGAUCGCAUCGGUGGUUCAUGGCAGCUUCGUCGCAUUAGCAGUGUCAUUGUGAAUGGCGACACGACAAAAGUCGAGAGCCUAUUUCAGCGAGAUACGAACAAAGGAAUAAUUCUGUCAACCCCACUGCAACUAACUCUACAGGAAGGAAAGAACAACACGAUCACUGUGGGUGGCUUGUAUAAUGGUUUUGAUUACAAGGGCGCAGACCUAGAUCGUAUCGUUGUGUAUCCGCCGGAAGCUAGCUGCAACUAG